GGGACCCCAAGUUUGAAAAAUACUGGGUCACUGAGAUGUGUAGCUACUGUAAGUCACACUGACAUCCUGAAUAGAGCUCUGGAUGUCACUAACAGUGACAACAUGUUAUAAUAAUUAAAUUAAAUAACUCCUCACCUUUAUUUAACAAAAAAUAAAAUUUGCCGUCUUUGAAAUGAGAAAUAAUUUUCUUCCCAUUUACACACAUUACUUGUGUUGUCAUAUUUUCCUAUUUCUCUGAAGUAACAACGCUUACUUUAAACAUUGUAUGUCCCAAUUGUUUAAAACACUUUAUUUAUCAGGAAAAGUUAAUUUUGUCUCGAAAGACAGGAAAUCAGGACCCAACAUUGACGGCAUCUCCCAAUACACUGAUGGGUGGUGUUAUAACAAUAAACUAGACCUAGGAGCUCGCAAAUCAAUAAAACAGUGAUAUACCGUUGUUCAGUGACAUUAUGGCAGCUUUACCAGACACCAGUAAUGUCGUAUUAUUGGUGUUUUUCUGCUUUUCCUCUGCUGUUUCCUUCCCUCUUCGUUCCUCAUCUUGUCACUCUCAGGGACAGUUUCAUCUAAAUGGCAUGCACCAGAGUGGAGACAUAGUUCUGGGUGGACUGUUUUCAGUCAACUUCCUAACCACUGCCUCUGAUCUCUCUUUUACUUCUGAACCACAGCUACCUACUUGCUAUGGGUUUGAUAUUAUAAGCUUUAGACAGGCUCAGACCAUGGCCUUUGCUAUUGAUGAGAUCAACAGAAACCCCAACCUUCUGCCUAACCUGACCCUGGGGUACAGUCUGUAUGAUAACUGCAUCCACCUUGCAAUUGGAUUUUCGGCAGCAUUAUCCUUGGUAAAUGGACAAAGGAAGGAAAUUUCAUUAGAGGGGACCUGUGAAGGAAAUCCUCCAGUUUUAGGGAUUGUGGGAGAUUCUUCCUCUACUCGGACAAUUGCUAUCUCCACUGUCUUAGGUUUGUACAGAGUGCCUCUGGUCAGUUAUUUUGCAACAUGUUCAUGUCUGAGUGACAGGAAAAGAUUUCCGUCCUUUUUCAGGACAAUUCCAAGUGAUUCAUUUCAGGUGCGUGCUAUGAUUCAGAUUCUAAAACACUUUGGUUGGACUUGGGCAGGCCUGCUAAUCAGUGAUGAUGACUAUGGGGUCCAUGCAGCCCGAUCCUUUCAGUCUGAUCUAGGUCCAAUUGCUGGAGGAUGUCUGGCUUAUACAGAGAUUUUGCCAUGGACAAAUGAUCGUAGUGAACUGAAGAGAAUAGUUAAUGUGAUGAGGAAAUCAACAGCACGUGUGGUCAUUGUGUUUGCACAUGAGAGUCACAUGCUCAAUCUCAUGGAAGAAGUUGUGAGGCAGAAUUUGACCAGUCUGCAGUGGAUGGCCAGUGAAGCCUGGAUAUCCGCUGCUCUGCUACAGACACCUGACCUCAUGCCAUACCUGAGUGGAACACUAGGAAUUGCAAUUCGUCAGGGAGAAUUGUCAGGGUUCAGAACCUUCUUGCUUCAAAUACGUCCUGACAAACAGCACAACAGCAGCCAUGGAGAUAACAUGGUAAAUCAGUUUUGGGAACAAAUGUUUCAGUGUAGAUUUGCUCCAACUCCAGCAGGUUGGAUAGAAAAUGGAGGAGCAUUAUGCACUGGACAGGAGGUAUUAGAGGAUGAAGUAGCUGAGGAAUUCUUGGAUGUUUCAGACCUCAGACCAGAGUAUAAUGUGUAUAAGGCAGUCUAUGCUCUGGCACAUGCUCUUGAUGACAUGCUGCAGUGUGAGCCAGGGAGAGGACCUUUCAGUGGAGACACCUGUGCUCAAUUACAAGGACUGGAACCAUGGCAGCUUGCAUAUUAUUUGGAAAAUGUCAACUUCACCACAUCAUUUGGUGACCAAGUGUCAUUUGAUGAGUAUGGGGAUGCUUUACCAAUUUAUGACAUAAUGAACUGGCGAUGGCUUCCAGAUGGGAGUACUGAAAUAAGGAAUGUGGGAGAAGUGAAAAGAUCACCUUCAGGAGGGGAAGAGAUCACACUUAAUGAAGACAGAAUCUUCUGGAACUUUGGGUCUAAACAGCCCCCACAAUCAGUUUGUAGUGAAAGCUGUCCACCAGGAACCCGUGUUGCCCGGAAGAAGGGGGAACCUGAGUGUUGUUUUGACUGUGUUCUUUGUUCUGAAGGAAAGGCCAACAAUAAAACAGACUCCACAGUGUGCAUCAAUUGUCCAGAGGAUUUCUGGUCCAGUCCCCAGCGUGACCACUGUGUUCCUAAAAAAACUGAAUUCCUCUCCUACCAUGAGCCUCUGGGUAUCUGCCUGACAACCACAUCAGUGCUGGGCACAUUUGUUUGUCUUGUUGUUUUCAGCAUCUUUAUUUGUCAUCGCAACACACCUAUUGUUCGCGCCAACAACUCAGAACUUAGUUACCUUAUACUGCUGUCACUCAAACUUUGUUUCUUGUGUUCAUUGCUCUUCAUUGGACGACCCAGAUUAUGGACAUGCCAACUAAGACAUGCAGCGUUUGGCAUCAGCUUUGUUCUUUGUGUCUCUUGUAUCUUAGUUAAAACUAUUGUUGUUCUGGCUGUGUUCAGAGCCUCAAAACCAGGAAGUGAAGCCAGUAUGAAGUGGUUUGGUGCAUUACAGCAGAGAGGAACAGUUCUGGCUCUUACUUUUGUUCAAGCAGCGAUCUGCACUACCUGGCUUGUUUCUGCCUCACCCAAACCUCAUAAAAACACCCAGUAUCACAGUGAAAAGAUUGUGUAUGAGUGUGUCAUUGGCUCCACUGUUGGUUUUGCAGUCUUGAUUGGUUACAUUGGUUUACUAGCAAUCCUAAGCUUUUUGUUAGCCUUUUUGGCAAGAAAACUUCCAGACAGUUUCAAUGAGGCUAAAUUCAUAACUUUCAGCAUGCUAAUCUUCUGUGCAGUGUGGGUGGCCUUUGUCCCUGCCUAUAUCAGCUCACCAGGGAAAUAUGCAGAUGCCGUAGAGGUGUUUGCCAUCCUGGCCUCUAGUUUUGGCCUGUUGGUGGCACUGUUUGGACCAAAAUGUUACAUUAUUAUUUUCAGACCAGAAAGGAAUACCAAGAAAGCCAUCAUGGGUCGAAAAGCUGGAUCAUAAAUGCUGCAGGAGAUUUACUAUAUUAGUUAUCCAUGCAAUCUACAGAAGUACAGGUACAGUGAUUAGUAGACAUUAGAAUAAAAUUUAAAUACCAUUAUACAGCAAUUGUUCACAUUUUUUUAGAAUAGCGUAAUUGAGAAAGUUGGUCUCUCUUUCACACAAGCUUCUAGUUGUCCAAGCAGAUUAAAUGAGUCAAUAACCCGUUAACUACAGUUAUGCAAGAUUAAACAAAGGUACUUUUUCUUCAUAGCAGGACAUUUUUAUCUUCUGGGUGUUUUGCAUUUUAACAGCUUGUCUCAUUACAGUUACAGCCCCUACCUUGUUCACCAAAUUUUACAUUUAACACCUGCCCUUGGCCAUUGCAAACUUUUAAGGUGCAUUCACACUAGGGCCGUCACACUGUG